AUGGUGCUCACGUUUUCGUUGUCCGAUGUUCGAUGUAUCACGGAAUCUCAGGUCAUCGACUUGGAGAAGCAACAGUUGAUCCGUAUAAUAAUGGAGACUGAAAAGGAACUACAGCUGAAACGUGCACUGAAACUUGCGAAGCUGCGAAGAAAAAGGGCACAGGCUUUGGCUGAACAAGCCAAUGCUCAAGUGCUGUUGCAGACCGCUGCACUUCAAACACCAACCGUCGUUUUGCAACCAGGAGAAAUUCCUACAGCCAUAGUGCAGCCCCAAGCACCAGUUCAACCAACAGUGUUGCAAACACAAACACCAAUUCAAGCAGCCCUUGGACGGCCUCCAUUGUCAGUCGUUCCAAUUAUGACGGUAGUUCCGUCACCCACUGUUUCGGUGGUUUCAUCAGCUGGAACCAACACUCUUCAAACAGUUGGCCUCACGCCACAACCGAGUGUGGUUGCUGGACAGCUGACUGACAAUAUCGGAACGAUCACCUUAGGAACUGUUGGAAAAUUGAGGACCGAAUAUGCUGGUUUGCCUCCAACUCAGCAGGUGAUAAGACCAGUGGACUUGAAAAAUUAA